AUGACCGGAGAAUUUUGGGCGGAUGUAAUAGACGAUUAUGAAAAAUUAUUUGAUACAGAAGAAGGAUAUGAUACAAUCUUUUAUGUUGGUGAAAAUGGAAAUGUGGUUCAUGCUCAUUCAGUAAUAUUACGUAUUAGAUCUCAAUAUUUUCGAACAGCUUUUUCAAAUAAAAGGGUUGAUAAAAAUAAUGGAAUGUUUAUAUUCAGUAAACGUAACAUUGAUCUUCAAGUGUUUAAAAUUAUUCUAAAAUUUAUUUAUUGUGGAAAUGUUAAAUUGACCGAUUUACAAGGAUCUGAAAUUCUAAAAAUAAUUAUUGGAUCAGAAGAAUUUAACGUUCAACAAUUAAUUAAUUACGCUAAAAAAUUCUUAAAUGAGAAUAAAUUAAAAUUUUUAGUAUCUCAACCAAUAGAAAUCUUUAAAAUAAUUCAUAAAAAUUCUUCAUUAUUCACAAAAUUAUGGGAUGAUUAUCUUGAAAUUAUUUGUGUGAAACCGGAAAUUAUAUUCUCAUCAAAAAAAUUUCCUUCAAUAGAUGAAUCAUUAUUAAAAGAUUUAUUAAAAUGUAAAGCUUAUAAAAUAGAAGAAUCAAAAAUUUGGGAAAAUGUAUUAAAAUGGGGAAUUUCUAAACAUCCAACAUUCGAUCAAAAUAUUAAUAAUUUAAAUAAGGAACAACUUAAGAUAUUGAAAGUAACAUUAAAUGAUAUAAUUCCUUUAAUUGAAUUUGAUUAUUUUGAUUCAACAGAUGUUUAUCAAAAGGUAUUACCUUAUAAAAAAUUAUUAUCAAAAGACAUGAUUAAUUAUUUAUUGAAGAAAUUCUUGGAUAAAAGUAAUUCUAUUAGAUGUUGUCACAGAACAAGAUAUCAUAAAGUCAGCCCUUCAAUCAUGCUUACGCCUUAUCAUUGCGCUGUGUUUGCUAAUUGGAUAGACAAGGAAUCUAAUUCACAUUAUAAGAUACAUAACAAUCCCUACAAAUUCAAAUUAUUGAUUAGUAAACAUGUUGAUAAAGGUAUGAAUUUAUUCCCGGUAUUUCAAUCAGCUUUGAGUAGAGCUAAAGCUACUUUGAUUGUAGCUAGGAUUAAGGAUUCGGAUAAAUUAGUUGGAGGUUAUAAUCCAAAUGGAUUUAGUAGACAAAAAUCAAAUAAAUUUGCAAGAGAUAGUUUUCUAUUCUAUUUUGGAGACAAAGAUGAAGUUAAAUCUGGGAGAUGUGGUUAUGUUAGUCAACCUGAGAAUGCCGUAUAUUAUAAUGAAAGAUUGGAACCGGCAUUUGGAAAUGGUCCUGAUUUAUUAUGUAAGAAUGAUGGUAAUUGGACAAGUAAACCAACCUCUUAUCCUUCAAUUGGUAUUCCAAGUAAUUUUGAAAUAUUACAUUAUGAAGCAUUUCAGGUUAUUAAAGAUUGUGAAAUUAGUAAUGUAUAA